GGUGGACAAGGAAGAGGUUUAACAUACUGACGUGUAAGAAGGAGUCCCACCUCUGCAUGUUUUUCCUCAUUCAUUGUAUCUUUGAUAACUUUGUCAUAUAAUAAAGCAGAAUACUGUUAGCUGGCUGUAUCUGCCGAUAAUUAAAAUGGCACAGCCAAGCGUGGAUAAAUCAACACUUUGCUUAUUUGAUGUCGAUGGGACUCUUACCGCAGCUCGACAAAGAGUGACCCCUGACAUGGAGGAGUUUUUGGCCAACCUACGAAAGAAAGUAAGAGUUGGAGUUGUUGGGGGAUCCGACUUCAGCAAAAUUAAAGAGCAACUAGGAAAUGAUGUGUUGGAUAAGGUUGAUUAUGUGUUUGCUGAAAAUGGGUUGGUUGCCUACAAGAAUGGGACAUUGCUGUCUGUACAGAGUAUUCAAGCAUACUUGGGUGAGGAACUCUUGCAGGACUUCAUCAAUUUUUGUCUGGAUUACCUAGCAAAAAUUAAACUUCCUAAGAAGAGAGGAACUUUUAUCGAAUUCCGUAAUGGCAUGUUGAACAUCUCUCCGGUGGGCAGAAGCUGUAGCCAAGAAGAGCGAGUCGAGUUCUUUGAACUUGACAAAAGAGAGCACAUCAGAGAGAAGUUUGUAGCAGUUUUACGGAAAGAAUUUGCAGGCAAAGGACUUAUGUUUUCAAUAGGUGGCCAGAUCAGCUUUGAUGUUUUUCCUGAAGGAUGGGAUAAACGUUACUGUCUGGGAAUUUUAGAGAACGAUUCCUAUGAGACCAUUCAUUUCUUCGGAGACAAAACCAAACCAGGUGGUAAUGACUAUGAGAUCUAUACAGACCCCAGAACCAUUGGACAUGAAGUAACGUGUCCCAAGGACACCAAGCAGAUCUGUGAAGAAGUCUUCUUUAAAUGAAACCUUGAAGAUCCAAGGAAUUGGGCGUGGUUAGAUUUGGAAUUGAAAAAAGAAGAAGCUUCUUAUGAAGGACAUUCCCGAAGCUGCCCAGUUGCACAUGCACACAAUAAAAAUGGCCAUUUCAUUUUGAUUUCUUUUUACCCGACGAGUUGUGAAAAUCUAGGGUUUCCAAGGAGGAAUGUACUGCUAUAAUCUGUAGUGGGUAGCCACAGCUGUAUAUUCUGCUUGCUCAGAUCUUAGCUACUUUUCAAAUCCACUUUUGAGAGUAAUAAAGUUACUGCAAUAUGCCAUUUUACUCUGA